GGCUAACCCAGGAGCGCCACUUGCAUAAUUCAUUCGAGUUCUCGCCCGCCCACUCACAUUAAUUACCAUGGAUCAACCUGUCAAGCACGCCAAGGUCAUCAAAGUUUUGGGCCGCACCGGUAACACCGGUAAUGUGACUCAAGUGCGCGUGGAAUUCUUCGACGAUUUCGGCGGCAAGGAAGCGCGCUCGUUGAUCCGCAACGUCAAGGGCCCUGUCCGUGAAGGCGACAUCUUGUCGUUGUUGGAAUGGGAACGUGAAGCUCGCCGUUUGAGAUAAGUGGUCGGCGGCUGCAGGUAGCCACAAGGUUGUGAAGCGUUUGCCGCAGCGACGACUCGAACGGAUCAUGGAGAAUCGACCCCGUUGUCCCUCAGGGUCGUCGUAAGUGACGAACGCCAAUGCCUUUGAGCCUUGAAUCCUCCUUUGCACUUUGUACGGUUAUUUUCCAAUGAGAAUAUGUAAAUGAUGGGCA